GGGGUUUGGCCGGGCAAGUGCGUGAAAGGAAGAAAGUUACCCUUACAUCCGGCGAGCUCCUUUACUUGCUUCCGAUCGAAAUGUCUUAACUUCCAAUCUAACGGGGAGGGGGCGACGAAGGAGCGGGGUCGAACAACCACGAAGAACCGAAGAAGCACACGAAAGGUAGAGAGUUAUCUUCACAGUGACGGGCUCCCAUUCUUUGCUUCCGAUCAAGAUGUGGUAACUUCCAUUUCGGCUGGACGGAACAGUCAUCGAAGGAGUGAAGUCGAGCAACAGGACAGGGUUUGAAGAAGCGCUCGGGACGGAGAAAGGUCUUCACAGCUUGUGAGCUCUUAUUGUUGCUUCCGAUUUGAAUGCAGCAACUUCCGAUCCUAACAAGAGGGGAACGUCGUAGGAGGGGAGUCACACAACUACGAAGGGAAUCGAAGAAGCGACGAAGUCAGACGACGACACAGGAGCUCUCACGAUCGGCAAGCUCCAAUCGUUUCUUCCGAUCAGCUGGAAGGGAAAACCGUCGCUGGAGCGAGGUCGAAAUAGGAAUGAGGGAGAGUGAGAGAGCUCGGGUGGAGAGAGAGAGAGGAAUCCCAUCAGAGGCCGAAGGCCUCAUUGCUUUCGAGCUUUUAAUGACUUGAACGAGUCGUGCGAACGAUCAUGGGUAGAAAUGACGUGAGUUCGGCGCUGCUGCAGAGGGAUGGGCGACGGGAUUUGAGCAAGAUUUACGGCAGGAUCUCGGCACAGAUAAUGAUUUUAAAAAAAAUUAUUUCAUUUUGUCUUUUCUUCUUUGGCUGCCUAGUAAAGGAAGUCCUGGAUGAAUUUAAGAGAUUGGAUAGAGCUUUAAACACUAGAGAGUACAAUUCUAGCAUUGUCGAGCCACCACUUCUUAUUCAAUUUCGACUGUUCAACAAUGGCUAUGCUGUGAAAGGAACACUUCUAAUUAAUAAGCAGCUACCCUUCAGAACCAUUCAUAUUAGGCCGUCAAUGAUAAAAGUUCAAACAGAUCCAGAUGCUCUAGCUAUUCAGUCCAACUCUCUGGAGAUUGUUGGGACAAGGUGGUUAUGUCUAACAGGGGGAGCAAUAAAUAAUAAAUAAAAUACUUGCUAAUAGGUGCUGCUUAAAACCCCCCAAGGAGGUAUGACCAAUAGGAUAAAAGUAGGGGCUUAACACUUUAAGUGCUUAAUGAUUUUGGCAGGUUUUUGUGUUUUCUUUUUUAAAAUGUAUUUGAUUAGACUUAGGCUCUGCAUUUGAGCUUGUGGGGUAUAUAGCUAAAGGAAAGGUAGAUCAAGAGGAUGAGCCUACCAAAGGUGAAUUCCAAGAACUGCCAAAAGCUAAUGCUUGAAGACCCCCAAGUCUAUAAUAAAUUUGUUGGGUUGUAUAAUAGUAACCACUCAGCUGCCAAAUUUGAUUUUAAUAAUUUAGACAUUUACACUUUUCCAUGGUUGAUUUUAUAUACAAAAGCAUGUGUUGAUUGUUUAUUUGAUUGUGAAAUAGAAAUACAUGAUUUUUUCUAGGUUUCUUUUUCUGCUUUGCUUGUGGGUGGCGUGGACAUGUUUGAUGUAGGAGGCACUUAGGACAAAAUUACAAUUUCUACUCAUUAAAAUAUAAAUAAUCUAAAAUCAACCUUAGGCUUCAUGUUUUUCUGAUGAAAAAUUAUAUUGCUCUUUUCAAGGAGUCACGUUUUCAAAUUUUGAAAAUAAUUUUGCAUAACCUAGUGUGUCACAUAUAGAAAACCCUCAUUUAAAAACUAGAUAACAAAAAUUUAUAUUUUUUGUGAGUUAAUUUUAUGCAUACCUAUCUUGCCAGGCGUCUUAGCCUCAAAGCCAAAUUAUAAGCCCUAUUCUCUAAAUAAAAUAACUUUUCCUACUAUUUAUAUAUAUUUAGACCGGAUUUCAUGGUUUUAAAAAUAUUCCGGUGAGUUUAGCUGGUUGCCUUUUCCAGGCAGAGUAAUAAAUUUAGAGGUCGAGUUGGCUAAGCAUCAGGGGAGAUGUAGUUUAUAAGUCCCUUUAUUGAUAUCCCAAAAUCUAAUUUGGAAGAAUUAUUCAUUUAUCUUUUAAUAAACAACAAUAAACAACAACCAGGGUUAUCUAAUAU